AAAAUUGUUUGAAACGAUCGCAAUUUCCGCCCGCCGUAGAAUUUAUCCAUGGAGCAAAGCGUCGAAGCCAAGAAGAUCCAUGAGGAGUUUGACAUGUUGCCCCUCCUGAUUGACAUCCUCAAAGACAUCUUGACAGCCGGUACCAACGAAGAAUCAACUAGAGUUGGCGAUGUGUCUGCCACGGCCACGUCCCUCAAGAAGAAGUAUGAGGACGCCGCGAGAUUACUUGCGUCGUUGCCGGGCAUUGACGUCAGUUUGGACGGCCAGCAAGAUGACAUUCGCAGAGCGAAGGACCUGCUGCGGCAAAAGAGCGACUUGAUGGAGCUGUACAGCAACACUCUGUUCCGCGGUACGGACGAACCCCGCGCGCCACUGAACGAUGUCUUUUCGAGAAAAAACUUGUAAUAACUUACAACACCAUAUACGCUUCGUCUCCUAGUUC